AUGUCUGACUCCGAUAUUGAAGCUGUCCGGCGGCUUCAAGCAGAGCGCAAUGCUGCUGCCGCUGGCAAAAAAGGUUCUAGGACCUUUGACUCGUCUAGCCAGCGCACUGACAACUCGACCAAGGCCUCCCUUACUGAAUCCUUCGACACGACUUUGUACGAUCGGAACGGACCCGAUAAAUUCGCGGGUUACGAUACAUCUAUCGCUGUGAACGGCGAUGAUGACGAAGACAUGGAGGAUGCGAAUGGCGGCCAUCGCUUGGUCGGCCAGUAUACCGCAACCAGAAAUCAGAUUGAUGAGAUGGCCCAUGGAAACGGAGUGGAGGAAGAGGAUAUGAUGCUUGGCCGUGAGAAGGCUGCUCGCAUUGCUGAUCGGGAAUCUGACUAUCAGAAGCGUCGAUUCGACCGCGGUCCUCUCACGCCCACGCGCGCCGACCCCUUCGCUGCCAACGCCCACGCAAAUGUGGAGGAUGGAGGUGGUCAGACCUACCGCGAGGUCAUGGCCCUUCGUGAUCUCGAGAAGGAAGAGGAGCGUGUUCAAAGGCUGAUUGCUGAGAAGCGGGAACAGGGUGAAGAGGAUGCCGUUCCUGAGCACCAAGCUACACUGAAGAUGGCCGAAGGCGACAAAGAGAAUGUCGAUGCUGGUUCCACCGCAGAAGUCGCCGGCAGGAAGCGAAAGAAGCGCUGGGAUGUGUCCGCGGAGGCAAAUGGGGCAUCCGAAGAGGCCGAGCCUGCUGAAACGACGGCAAAGCGGUCUCGAUGGGAUGAGACACCCGCCCCGGGUGCGUCCGAGGAGCCGAAGCGCCGGUCUCGAUGGGAUCAAGCACCUUCCCUCACAGCGGCCACCCCUGUUGGCAAUCAAGGACUUGCCACUCCUAUGCACCCGUCUCAAGGAGUGUCGACUGCACCCGGCUUUGGAACCGAUGUGGCUGGCCGAGCCGGCGACUGGACUGAUGAGGAGCUCGACAUGAUGCUGCCCUCUGAAGGGUAUAAGAUUCUGGAUCCUCCUCCAGGUUAUGCUCCAAUUCGAAACCCUGCACGCAAAAUGAUGGCUACGCCGGCGCCAGCGGCUGGCGCAGCUGGAUACGGUGGAUUCAUGAUGCAGGAACCCGAGAGUGCUAGGUCUAUGGGCAAGGAGCUUCCAACCGAUAUUCCCGGCGUCGGUGACUUACAAUUCUUCAAGCCAGAGGAUAUGGCGUACUUCGGUAAGCUUAUGGAGGCUGGGGACGAAAGUUCCAUGACUGUUGAAGAAAUGAAAGAGCGCAAGAUCAUGAGGUUGCUGCUCAAGGUUAAGAACGGCACACCCCCCAUGCGAAAGACAGCGUUGCGGCAGCUCACGGACAACGCGCGGAACUUUGGAGCCGGCGCUCUUUUCAAUCAAAUUCUGCCCUUGCUCAUGGAGAAGUCCUUGGAGGACCAAGAACGUCACUUGCUGGUCAAGGUCAUCGAUCGAGUCCUCUACAAGCUGGAUGACUUGGUUCGUCCUUACGUUCACAAGAUUUUGGUGGUUAUUGAGCCUCUGCUCAUUGAUCAAGACUACUAUGCCCGUGUUGAAGGUCGAGAAAUUAUCUCCAACCUCUCCAAGGCCGCUGGUCUCGCCACCAUGAUCAGUACCAUGCGUCCCGAUAUCGAUCACGUCGACGAGUAUGUGCGAAACACCACAGCCCGAGCGUUCGCCGUUGUGGCCUCUGCCCUGGGUAUUCCAGCUCUUCUUCCCUUCCUUCGCGCUGUCUGUCGCAGCAAAAAGUCCUGGCAAGCUCGACACACCGGUGUCAAGAUCGUCCAGCAAAUCCCCAUCUUGAUGGGUUGUGCCAUUCUUCCCCACCUCAAAGGUCUUGUCGAUUGCAUCGCAGACAACCUCAGCGAUGAGCAGGCCAAGGUCCGAACAGUCACUGCGUUGGCCGUGGCUGCUUUGGCCGAAGCUGCCAAUCCCUACGGUAUUGAAAGCUUCGACGAGAUCCUGAAUCCUCUCUGGACCGGUGCCCGCAAGCAGCGUGGCAAAGGUCUUGCCGCGUUUCUGAAGGCUGUUGGCUACAUUAUUCCGCUUAUGGACGAGGAGUAUGCCAACUACUACACCAGCCAGAUCAUGGAGAUUCUUCUCCGGGAAUUCUCGUCUCCGGACGAGGAAAUGAAAAAGGUGGUUCUGAAGGUGGUGUCUCAGUGCUCUAGCACCGAUGGUGUGACUGCCAACUACCUCAAGGAACAUGUCUUGACCGAUUUCUUCAAGAGUUUCUGGGUCCGGCGUAUGGCCCUCGAUCGGCGAAACUACCGCCAGGUGGUCGAUACCACGGUUGACCUCGGCCAAAAAGUCGGUGUCGGCGAGAUCCUCGAGCGGGUCGUCACCAACCUAAAGGACGAGAGCGAGCCUUAUCGUAAAAUGACCGUGGAGACUAUCGAGAAGCUGGUUGCUGCCCUCGGAGCUGCGGACAUCUCGGAGCGGCAGGAGGAGCGGCUCAUCGAUGGUGUUCUCUUCGCUUUCCAGGAACAAAGCAUUGAGGACAUUGUUAUCCUCAACGGCUUUGGCACCGUGGUCAACGCUCUCAGCACUCGAUGCAAGCCUUACCUUCCCCAGAUUGUGUCCACCAUCUUAUGGCGCCUCAACAACAAAUCUGCCACCGUUCGACAGCAGGCGGCGGAUCUCAUUUCGCGCAUUGCGAUGGUCAUGAAGCAGUGUGGCGAGGACGCUCUCAUGGGCAAGCUCGGCAUUGUGCUUUACGAAUAUUUGGGUGAAGAAUACCCGGAGGUUUUGGGUUCGAUCUUGGGUGCUCUGCGGUCCAUUGUGACUGUGGUCGGAAUCAACCAGAUGCAGCCGCCCAUUCGGGACCUUUUGCCCCGGCUUACGCCCAUCCUGCGUAACCGUCACGAGAAGGUGCAGGAAAACACCAUUGACUUGGUCGGUCGUAUCGCCGACCGUGGCCCCGAGUCGGUCAAUGCCCGUGAAUGGAUGCGCAUCUGCUUCGAGCUGCUGGAUAUGCUCAAGGCGCACAAGAAGGGCAUCCGUCGCGCGGCCAACAACACCUUUGGUUUCAUUGCCAAGGCGAUCGGUCCCCAGGAUGUCCUGGCCACUCUUCUAAACAACCUGCGUGUGCAGGAGCGCCAGUCUCGUGUGUGUACGGCGGUCGCCAUCGGUAUUGUCGCCGAAACUUGCGCACCAUUCACGGUGCUCCCGGCCUUGAUGAACGAGUACCGCGUUCCCGAGCUCAAUGUGCAGAACGGUGUCCUCAAGGCCAUGUCGUUCUUGUUUGAGUACAUUGGUGAGAUGGCCAAGGACUACGUCUAUGCCGUCACUCCUCUGCUCGAGGAUGCCCUCAUUGACCGGGACCAAGUUCACCGGCAGACCGCGGCCAGCGUGGUCAAGCACAUUGCGCUCGGCGUCGUCGGUCUCGGCUGCGAGGAUGCGAUGGUUCACCUUCUCAAUCUCGUGUUCCCCAACGUGUUUGAGACCAGCCCGCAUGUCAUCGAUCGCAUCAUCGAAGCCAUUGACGCCAUCCGGAUGGCCGUGGGCACGGGUACAGUCAUGAACUACGUCUGGGCCGGCCUGUUUCACCCCGCUCGCAAGGUGCGCACGCCGUACUGGCGUCUGUACAAUGAUGCCUAUGUCCAAGGGGCCGACGCAAUGGUUCCCUACUACCCGGGCUUGGAGGGCGACGGCAUGGACCGUCCGGAGUUGAAUAUCAUCGUGUGA